AUGUCUCAAUUCCACCGCCACGCUCCCACAGGCAUCAAGGUGCUCAUCGUCGGUGCCGGAUUCGCCGGUCUCACAGCAGCAAUCGAAUGCCACCGCAAAGGCCACGAUGUGGUCGUUCUCGAAUCAUUCCCUCAACUCAAGAUCCUAGGCGAUAUCAUCUCGUUCGGACCGAACAGCGGUCGCAUCUUUCGGAAAUGGGAAGGAGUGGAAGAGCAGUUGGAUCCUCUGUGCCACAACACCGAUUCUCUCAACUUUGUGACGUGGAAUGGUGAUUAUUUAAUUGCCCAGAAUUGGGACGCCGAGGCAAACUAUGGCAAGAAGUUCAACGGACACCGAGGCGAAAUCCACGAAAUCGUUUUCAAUCACGCUAAGGCUCGAGGCAUUGAUAUCCGAUUGGGUCAAAGGGUGAUUGAUUACUUUGAAGAUGAGAAGGAGGCCGGUGUUUUGGCCAGGAAUGUCGCAACUGGUGAAGAGGAGCGAUUCACAGCAGAUGUAGUCUUCCCUGCCGACGGUGUGCGAUCAGAUGGACGAAAGAUCGUCUUGGGAUACGAGGACAAGCCGAGGUCAUCCGGUUAUGCGAUUUUCCGCUCAUGGUUCGAUUCUACAAAGUUGACGUCUCCGUUGACCGAUCAUUUGUGGAAAAAUGGAGACACGCAUUGGGCUUGGAUUGGCCCUGAUGUGCACUUUUUAGCUGCUUCACUUAAAGGAGGCAAGGACUUUAGUUGGGUGUGCACGCAUAAGGACGACGCAGAUAUUGAAGAAUCCUGGUCUACCCCCGGCAAGAUCGAGGACUGCCUCAAGGUCGUCGAGGGAUGGGACCCGGUCGUACAAGAGAUCAUCAAAGCGACACCAACCGACUACCUCGUCGACUGGAAGCUCAUCUACCGCGACCCCCUACCUACCUGGAUCAGCCCCAAACGACGCAUCGCACUUAUCGGCGACGCCGCGCACCCUUUCCUCCCCACAUCCAUCCAAGGCGCAUCGCAAUCGAUGGAAGACGGCGUCACACUCGCCGUCUGCCUCGAAAAAUGCGGAGGGGCCGCGAACGUGCGCGAAGCACUACAAGCCUACGAAAAGAUUCGCUACGAUCGCGUCCUCAGGGCGCAAAAGACUGGCGAAACGACGCGGGAUAAAUGGCACAAGGCUGAUAUUGAUCAUGUCAAGCAACAUCCGGAAGUCGUCAAGUUGCAGCGGGAGCCCUGGUUGUUGAAUUUUGAUUCCGAGGAGCAUGCUUAUGGUGCUUACGAUGAGGUUGUUACGAAGCUUAGAGAGGAGCAGGAUCAGGCGAGGCUGUAA